CGGCCGUGCUCAUUUGGGCGCUGGUCGGGCCACGCCAGAGAAAAAAUAACAAUAAAUUCGAGGCCGCGGCCCAUGACCAUUUCCACCGUUCGACGGCUCCUCCGCCAGCUCGGAUAGCUCACCUCCUCUCGCCGCGGCGGCAGCAGCAAUGCUGGACAAGCCCGACUCGGCGGACGACGCUGCUGGCGGCGGAGCUGCCUCUCCCGCCGAGCAGUACGGACACGGUUACGGAUAUCCUGGUCGACCUCCUCCGUACCUGACGCAGCGCGUGCCGGGGCCGUAUGCACCAGCGCCGCCCAGCUUCCACUUCCAGUCGCGACCGCAGUGGCCGAGCGCCCGACCCUGGCCGAAACACAGCGCCGUUGAUGCCGCGGAUCUGGGUGCUUCCGAUCACCCCCAGCUGGGCCGUCCGUUCCACCUCCAAACCCCCCCACCUGGCCCAAUGGGUCCCUCGAGAUCGCGCAGACCGGUGCUCGACCUGAAAUCCGACGUACAAGUACCUCCAGACCUCAUCUCGCCCCGCAGCGAUUCGUUCUUCUACACCUCCCGGCCGGUCCGCCCCUGUCCGAGCCCGACCCCGACCAUCUCGCAUUUCCCGCCGGCACACAGGACGAGAGCCGAGUCGUCGCCCGCUCCCAAACCGCCCCGAACCGCUUUCCCUGGUCUGUCGUCGAACCCGUUCAUUCCGGAGGCGGAUGAGCCGGAGAUGCCGCGUGCCGAGACCCGCCGGUUCCCUCUGCUCGGCCGACAGCAUGAAGACGUAGCCCGCUCGUCUGAGACUUGCAACCUCGAGUCGCCUGCCCAGAGUCGCCAGACGACACCAACAGAACCCGCCAUGGUGGUGGAAAACUUCUCGCGGCCGCGGAAGCCGAGUGUGAGGACGCAGCAAUCAGACGGUGCUUUGUCGGGACGCGUUGCGGCACACCGCGUGCACGCCGAGCCGCACCUGUUGGACCAGCUGCCAACAAGCAACCCCCAACUCUCGGCUGACGUCCAUGCAGCCCCAAAUCCUUGGCCCGGAACCCGGCGUCUCUCUGGGUCUUCUUCUCACACAUUCGGCCCCUUUUCCUCAAUACCCCCCCGCCCAAGCAACGAUCACUUAAAUGCCGCGCCGGGAAGCGAUUCCCCACGACUCCCCAACCCAGGUGCCCUCAACACUCCUGCCAUUGCGAGGCAGCCGUCCACUCCCAACAACUACGCCGGUACUCCGACGCACCUUCAGGACGCUCCUCCGCGGUUCGCAAACGGCGACGAGCUUCGCGCCAGUUUCCGGUCGCAGCUAACAUCGUCGACUGCGCAGGCGACUCUUUUCACUGCGCCUGGGACGGAAAGAAACAGCAUCUUAACCAAGGCGAGCAGCAUCACGGAGCAGUCGAUAAUCAAUGGCUAUGCUCGGAGGAGCUGGCGGGCGAAUUCGGUGGACGACGGCCCCAGCCUGGAGGACGUGAUGGGCAUGUAUGAGCGAGGCUUUAAUGAUUCGGAUAUCGAGAGCAUCCGGCGCAGUAUGAGGCUUACCGAGGAAGACGACAUUCCCGAGGCCAACACCGACAUCGAGACGCCGGAGGUGAAAGGUGGUUCACGACCGGCCAGCUGCUGCUCCGAUGCGAGCGGGCUUCGGGCCAAGAUGCUGGAGGCCAUGAAUGACACCCUGCCUACCGCCGGGGCCGUACCAAUACCCGAGUCGCACCGCCCCGGAGCAAGGGAGUCAAGAACCAGGCGCUCGCUAUUGCCCAGCUCGUUGCCAGAUGACUUAGGCCUUGGACUCACAAAGGAACACAUGGCGAGACGGGAGAAUGCCGAGUCGGGUAGCAUACAGAAGCACGAUUCGGCCAAGAUGUUGGACGGCGACGGCGAGGACGGCGUUGGCGAAGAGGACGGCGUUGGCGAAGACGACGACACCGCAGUUACGCAAGAUGCAGCAGAUGCUCGGUCUCCGUCGCCAGCCUCGCCAGCUCCGCCGACCUCGCCGACCGCGCCAUCGCAAACGCCAUCACCAACAGCGGACUUGGCUUCGCCGACCACCAUCACGCCGGCAUCCAUGCCUUGCCUGCCGCAGGAACCUCCGGAGCAGCCGGGCAGUCGUGAUCGGUACGGAUUCCGGAAGGCGAGCGUUAACGUCACUCGCCAGGAGUAUGAUGCCUGGGAUGCCACCUACAGCGAGUAUCUGGCCCGGAGGCGCAAGAAGUGGGUUGCGUUCCUCAAGGACAACUCCCUCAUGACGGACCGGCCGAACCGUUUCCCGCCUCGGAGCGCAAAGACGAAACGCUUCAUCCGGAAGGGAAUCCCGCCGGAUUGGAGGGGAGCCGCCUGGUUUUAUUACGCUGGCGGCCCGGCUAUCUUGAGCAAGCAUCAUGGAGUCUAUGAGCAGUUGGUGCGGCGGGCCGGUCUGGAUCCCCACAAGCCAGGCAAGCUGCCUGAUCAGACUGGGGAGGUGAAACCCCUGAUUGCCGAAGACAUCGAGAAAGACCUCUACAGGACUUUUCCCGACAAUGUACGGUUCAAGCCGCCACCGCCGCCGCCCGGAGCGCCGCCGCCGACAUCGCCGCCCCCAGAACCCGAUAUUAUCACGUCCCUUCGACGUGUCUUGUACGCCUUCGCGCUUUAUAACCCGCGCAUCGGCUAUUGCCAAUCGCUAAAUUUUCUCGCCGGCCUGCUUCUUCUCUUCGUCGAGACCGAAGAGCACGCAUUCUGGCUUCUGAACGUCAUUACCCGGGUCUACCUGCCCGGCACCCACGAAAUGAGCCUGGAGGGUUCCAAAGUCGACCUGGGAGUGCUCAUGGCCGCACUCAAGGAAUCCAUGCCGGGCGUGUGGAAACACAUUGGCGGAGACGAGUUCGAAGCGGGCGGCAAGAAGGGCAGGACAAAACGGGGCCACAAGGCCGCGGCCCACGGCGGCAGCAUCAGCGACCCCAACCGGCUCCCGGCCAUCACGUUCUGCAUGACCGCCUGGUUCAUGUCGUGCUUCAUCGGCACGCUGCCGAUCGAGACGGUCCUCCGGGUCUGGGACGUCUUCUUCUACGAGGGCUCGCGCACGCUGUUCCGCAUCGCGCUGACCAUCUUCAAGCUGGGCGAGCGCGAGAUCAAGGCGGUGCAGGACCCCAUGGAGAUGUUCGGCGUCGUGCAGAGCUUCCCGCGCCGCCUGCUCGACUGCAACACCCUCAUGGAGACGUGCUACAAGCGCCGCAACGGCAUCGGCCACCUCAGCCAGGCCUCGGUCGAGGAGAAGCGCCAGGAGCGCCGCGACGGCAUCCGCCGCUGGAAGGCCGAGCAGGAGGCGGCCGCCAGCGACUCGAACAGCCCGCAGCCGGCCUCCCGGGGCCGGCUCGGCGUCGGACUCGACCUGGCUGCCGACCUGGACGAGGUCCGCCGCAAGGCCACCCUGUUUGGCCGCCGCAAGGACCGCGAGCAGGUCCGCGCCGCCGAGGUGGUGUAGAGUGCGCCCCGGCCGCCGUCGAUUCUUGCUCAAGAUCCUUAAUUGCUUCGGAAAAGCAAGUCCUUCCUUUUUUUUCCUUUCUUUUUGUGGCACAUCUAUUAUGCUUCUUGGCGCCAGUCCGCCUCCCCUUCAAGAGUCUAUGGAGGACGGGCGGGUUGUGCGCGUCAUGUAAUUCUAAUGUGUCC